AUGCUUAUGGCGAACCUACUGAGAAAACAAAAUCGCACUCAAUCAGUUGCGCCACCAUCUACUGCACGUACACUGACAACAGUAUAUACUCUUGGUGGUUCAAAACGAUCAAAAACUAAUACUCCAUUUAAACCAUGGGGAAUAGCACCACUAUGGAUUCAAAGUAUUUCUAAAGAAGAAUCAACAAGAAAACAAUGGGAAAAAAUGUAUGGUUGGAUGGCUGAUUAUGAUUGUAAGGGAAAUUUCAUGCCAAGAAAACAUACACUGGAAAAUUCGACACGCUUUUCUAAUACGACGCCGAAUUCUCAUGGUCACGAUUAUGGUUGGCAUUUACAGACUCAAUUUGGAAAAGAGUUGAAAAAUUUACAAACACGUUAUGAUACUCAACAUAAAAAGCGUGCGCGAACUGAAGUACUUGGCAAUGAUUGA